UGUCACUUAUAUGUCAUCCUUGAAUGACUGGGGGAAAUGCCAUGAUGUGUUGUGAUGUAUUUUAACAGACUUUAUAGCACUCUUCUUUCUGACUCAGCGCUGACAGCCAUUUUGAAAAGUGAGCGGUGGAAUUUACUACUAAACGUACAGUUGCUAUUUAGUUAGUUAGUCAGUUAGUUAGUUAGCAAGCAGUCUUAACUCAUGUAAAUUAAGAGAAUAACGAAUGGAUCCCAGUAGUCUAAAUCCAGAGUUGACAGCAAUGUAAAAGUAGCUUUGUGCUAUGACUGAAGAGCGUCGGCCAUGUUGUGCAGGUAACGGCACACCUGACACUAUUUAGCCGUUAACUGCAUCCACCCACGGCUCUACUCCACGCGAGAUGGCGCAACCUCGCCGAGUCCAGCUCACGUCUUUGCCCACUGACGUCCGGUCCUGUGCGGUCAACGGAACCGUCCUCGCCCCGAAGUCUCCGCCAGAACGCGGCGGUGGUUCCCGGCCAACGACGAACUGCGUGCCGGGUUCGGUGCGCCUCGUCAUCGCCUUGUUUGAGCCGGAUGAGCGCAGCUUCAGCGAGUUUAGUUACACUCAGCUGCUGGAAAGCAAGAAGAGCAACAAAAACGAUGAAGUCAAGCCUCAGUCCAGAUUCGAGGUGGAGGAGCAGAGGGAGAAGGAGCAGAUGGCUGACCUUGCGAAGAAGAUGGAGAAAAAAUAUACAGUCAAGAAAAAGCGAGACCGCGUUCAGGACUUGAUUGAUAUCGGCUACGGAUACGAUGAUGAGGAUUCCUUCAUUGACAACUCGGAGGCUUACGAUGAGUUUGUGCCGUCCUCCAUCACCACCAAAUUCGGAGGCUUCUACGUCAACUCUGGUGUGCUGCACUUCCGCCAGGUUUCUGACACUGAAACGGAUGAUGGGACCACAGGAGAGAGAAAGCCAGAAACCGCCAAGAAACGUGACCUGAAAGACGGACAAGAGAUGCCAAAGAAGAAAAGGCGCAGAAAAGUUCUGCUGGAUAAAAACGAUGUUGAUGCAAAUUCCAGAGUCUCAUCUGAGCUUGCAGCGGGUGAUGAGCUGACGAUGAAGAAGAAGAAAAAGAAAGCGGCCGUCACUCUGAGCGUCACCAGCAUGCUGAAGAAGUUCCGGCGGGAAAAGGAGCGAGAGCGGAAGAAAAUGGAGAAAGCUAAACAGCGCAUGGCGAGCAUCCCACUAAGUCCUGUGACACCACACUGCCCGGCGGACGCGGGUGGCGGCGGGGGCUCGGGAUUGGCCGACCCGCUGCUCAGCUUGAUCGGAUCCACAGAUGAACAGGCACUUCUCCAGGCCGCCAGUACGGUGGAAUUUGACAUCGACCUGGACUGUUUGUUGGAUGUCGGUGACGAGAUAUCAACACCCCAGUCUUUAAUGGAGGCGCCCCCUCCAAACCAGCCCAGAACAGACCAUCCACACCCGCCUGGAGCCUCUUGCGAUGCAACACAGCCUCCAAGCAGAAAAAUGACCCAAUCACAAAAACCUAAUUCAGAGAUUGUGUCAUCUUUUCAUUGCGCCGUCCUACCAGAGGGACUCCCGCCUCCACUAGAGAGCAGCAUCAAGAAAUUGAUGCUGGCAGCCAAGACCGCGGAGGGGGAGUCCAAACUCAAGUUCUUCACCCCGGAAAUCAACUCUGUCCUGCUAGACAUAGAGUGUCAAUGUCGUGAGCACGGCGGCCAGUUGCGCUCCCGGGUGUACACGCACCUGUCCUCUUUCCUGCCCUGUAGCAAGGAGACGCUCCGGAAACGUGUCAAGAAACUCAAGCUUGCAGAAGGCCUUUCAAACAUGGGGGAUCCCAUGCAGAAGUUGAAGGAGGCCAUCGGGCGAGCCAUGCCCGAGCAGAUUACAUGUUUCAACCAACAUUGUCAAGAAUAUGAGCAAGUUAAGACCCUGAGGAUGAUGGAGGAUGGGAGUGACGUCAGGCAUGGUGGCAUCGGGAACAAUAUGGAAGAGAAGGGGGCAAAAAGAGGAGGCGGUCCAAAGAAGUUGUUCAAAUGGAAUGAGGAGAUCAGGGAGUUGCUGCGUCACGUGCUGAGAGAAAAACUUGCAGUAUUUGAAGAGAGGAGUGAAGGGAGGCAGCAACUGGAGGAGUGCCUCAAGGCCGUAUUGGUCAAGGACAUCAAGCCUCUCUGGCCCAAAGGCUGGAUGCCGUCCAGGGUGCUGCUUAGUGAGAGCAGGAAGAUAUUGGGCCUCCGGCUGACGUUUCCGCUGAAUACACCCAAUGUGUUCCUCUAAGGAAGGAAGGACACCCUGCCCAACUCCAAAGAACUGGCUCCUCUCUUCUACUACCAUUGUUCCACUGGACCCCGAGCGCCUUCUCCUCCCUCCUCAUGCUGAUGAUUCUGCUUGUGUAUGAGAUUUUGUUUGUGCCUCCAGUUUUCCUAUGGUUCUGGGAAACAUAAAUCAGGCGAGAAACUUUGCGGGGACUCAAAUAACAUUUUUCUCUUUUCCACACCACAAACAUCCUCUCGAUAAUUUGUUCAGGUGCUGCUGUGCACAAAACAGUUGGCUGGCACUACGGACGUGGACAAAAAGUUUCUCAUGGCAAGAAAGGCCCACAAGGAUCCAUUCUUAAUGUUUUCUUAUACAACCUUUUGAGGUAAUAACUGCAAAUAAAAGAUGUCUGUAAUUCU